UAGGUUCCCCAGGAUGCAGGCGGGUCGGGCCAAGCACGGGGUGGCGCAUCAUGGCGGCAGCGGUUAUUAUUCUGAGGCCUUUGCGCCGAGGCGCCGCCUGCGUGGGGAAGCGGCUCCUGUCCGAGGCUGGAGGCGUGAGACGCGGCUGGUGGCGGCAGGCGCAGGUGUUUGGAAAAUUAACUCUUUUCAGAAGAGGGCUUGCACUCUCAGCAGUGUCUUACUUGGGUUAUGAAGCUUACAACUCUAUUUCUCACUUUGCUGUGGUUCAUGCUAGUGUCAAAGUUGAGGAAAUCAUAGAGCAAGCAGACUACCUGUAUGGGAGUGGAGAAACCAAAAAGCUCUAUCAGUUGCUGACCCAGCACAAAAAAAGUGAGGAUGCGGAGAUACUAUGGCGUCUAGCACGGGCCUCACGUGAUCUAGCCCAACUUAGUACCACCUCUGCAGAAGAGAAAAAGCAACUGGUUUAUGAAGCUCUUGAAUAUGCAAAGAAGGCACUGGAGAAAAAUGAAUCAAGUUUUGCAGUACACAAGUGGUAUGCAAUCUGCAUCAGUGAUGCUGGAGAUUAUGAAGGAAUCAAGACUAAAAUUGCAAAUGCAUAUGUUAUCAAGGAACACUUCCAGAAAGCCAUUGAACUCAAUCCUAAAGAUGCUACCUCAAUUCACCUAAUGGGCAUUUGGUGUUACUCAUUUGCUGAAAUGCCAUGGUACCAAAGCAAAAUAGCUGCAAUGCUAUUUGCAACACCACCAACCUCCACGUAUGAAGAGGCCCUAAGUUACUUUCACAAGGCUGAAGAAGCUGAUCCAAACUUCUACAGCAAAAACUUGCUGCUUUUGGGGAAGACGUACUUGAAGUUAAACAACAAAAAGAUGGCCCUCUUGUGGCUAACAAAAGCCAGGGAUUAUCCGGCACAUACAGAGGAGGAUAAACAGGUACAGAAAGAAGCUGUGGAACUGCUCAAUUCUAUAUGAAGAGAACUAAACUAUUAAGAAGAAACUACAAUAAAUGUGACUAAAGCACAGGACCAACUACCUAGAGCUUGUUCUACUGUGGCUGUUAUUAAAAUUAAACUUGUCACCUUA